UGCUAUUUCGAAAUAAUGCUAUAAAUAUACAAACAGUGCAUUGCAGCUGUUGUUUCAUAUGACAGAUCGAUGCCAAGUUAUUUAUCUGAAAUUAUAUUAUAACAUUUUUAAAAAAUGAGUAUUAAUUUAAAGGAAAAUACAAUAGUGCAAUGGUAUGCCGAAAGAGAAAAGCAUAAAUGUGGAUAUUGUAAAAUUGAACACGGUAGUGUGUCCUAUGGAAUGUGGGUCGAGUUAAUGAAUGUAGAGGAUUAUCAAGACCUAAUAGAUAGAGGAUGGAGAAGGUCAGGGAAAUAUUGCUAUAAACCAACCAUGAAUGAAACUUGUUGUCCUCAGUAUACAAUAAGAUGCACUGCUUUAAAUUUGCAUUUAUCAAAGUCACAAAAAAAGGUGCUGAAAAAGUUCAACAAGUACUUGUGUGAUGGGGUUUUAAAUGCUUCAAAUAAUUCUAAUGAAAAUGUAAAUGAUGAUGAUGGGGUUAAUGAUUUUUUUAUCAAGGAAGGAAGUUCUGUGAUAACUGAUAAAAGUUUUAUAAGUAAUGCAGUAGAUGAAGAAAUUGAAAAAACUGUUGAUACUAAUAGUAUGGGGGAUGCCCCUACAAUGGAACAAGAACUAGUUAAUAAUGGUUUAAAUACAGUGAUAUUAAGUCAGUCAGCCAAAGAUACAACAAAAUCUAAAAAAGGUAAUUGUAAGGAAGGGCAAGGAAUUGAUCCCAGUAAACCACCUUGUAAAAAAGCUAAACAACUAAGAUUGGAAAGAAAAAAGGAAAAAUUACUUAAAAGAGGAAUGUCCUUGGAAAAAUUGAACAACACAAAUGAUCAAAAAACCUUAGAACAAUUUAUGGAGAGUUUGCCUGAUGAAACUAAACAUAAACUAACAAUAAAGCUUGAGUCCAUGUCAAAAGAAUCAUCAACUUUUAAAGAAACCCUAAAUUUAUAUGCAAAAUACCAAAAUGUUAUACACAAUGAAUCACUAAGUGAAUGUGAUGAAAUGCAAUUUACCCAAUUUUUAGUAGACUCCCCUUUAGAGCCCCAGCCAUUUCCUAAUGGCAUUGAUGAACCAGGUUUUGGUUCUUUUCAUCAGCAGUAUUGGAUGGAUGACAAGCUUAUUGCUGUUGGAGUAAUAGAUAUUUUACCUAGAUGUGUCAGUUCUGUAUACUUUUUUUAUGAUCCGGAUUAUAGGAAUUUAACGCUUGGCACAUAUGGUUCUUUAAGUGAACUUUAUUUCACAAGAUCUCUCAACACCCUAGUUCCUGCCAUAAAAUACUAUUACAUGGGAUUUUACAUCCACACGUGCCUAAAAAUGCGGUACAAAAGCAAGCUCAGCCCAUCAUAUCUACUCUGCCCUGAAACAUACCAGUGGUUCCCAAUAGAAAAAUGUACCCCAAAACUGGAAGCAUCAAAAUACUCACGACUAAACGAAGAUAGAAACGCAGUAGAUGAAUAUUUGUGUUCUGCAAAUGAUUUGGAUGGGAUAAGAAUUUUUGAGAUUUCAAAGCACAGAUUGUUGUUAUUUAAGCAGUAUAAAAGGUUUUCUGACGAGCAACAAGAGUUUGAAAAUAUUGGGAAACUUGUCGGGAAAAAAGCUUGCAGAUCCCUUAUUUUUAUUAAAUGAUAAACAAUGUGCUUAUAGCUGGACCAUGUGUUUUAAUUUAUUUAUGAAUUUAUGAUUAUAAUUUACAAUUUUAUUAUAAUUGUUUUAAUUUUAUGCGAUUAUUAAGGUUUUUUAAUUGUAUUAUAUUUCCUUUGAUGGCAAUAUUUGAUUGAUUUUAUAAUUAACAAA